AUUUAAACGUUUUAAGUUUAUCAGUUCCUUUAUUAUUCCGGUAAACGCGCAACAUAAAAGUAUACCAAUGUAAUUCUCUGCCUUAUUUUGUACCAACCCAAAGUGCUGCCGUUUGAAUAACAAUAACAUUAUACACUUUGGACGCGAAACGCAAUGAGUAAAUAGCCGUCUAAUGUCCAUUCAAUAUCUCGGUGAAAUACUAUUCCUAUGAUUCACGAACAGGCUAACGAACUAACAUUGUUUAAUUAAAAUGCGCAUAAACAGUAUACAUCGAAUUCAAUAAAAUCGAAAGACAACAAGCAACUAAUGCCGUGGAGCAAUCGACAAUGCAAUUAUUAAAAUGCAAAACGGAGACAUUUCUAGGUAUUCAUUUGUUGCUGAAAUAUCCUAUAAUUAUAUAAAAAAAUAUAAUAUUAUAUACUAGUUUAUUAUUUUACUUAUUGGUGGAAAAUGGAAAGUGGAGGAAAAUUAUCAAAAAUUAUUCUUAAUUUUUUUGAAGAAAAAUGAACAGUGCAGGAAAACGGAGAGCUUGACGAAAACGAUCAUCACUAGACCGUAUGGCGUAUACUGUACGCGGUAAAGCUGCAGCAUCACGGGAGAAGUAGACGAAGACAAUACGAUGACUUCAUAAUAUUAUAUUAUGUAACUGAGAUUAUGUCGGGCACAGUGCGUGAGUCUCCAUCGGACUUUAGAAAUGGUGAUUUGAUAAGUCGUUUAUUAGCGGCCACUCCACCGUACCAGACCAAUUCUACGUUUGUGCCACCGGGAUUAUAUUUUAGCGAAAUGCUGAAAAGAUUUGUACAAGCAAAAUCUUGUGCCCCUCUAUCGUUAAAUAAAAGAGGACGAAAACGGACCUGGAAAGAUAACGGAAAGGCCGAACAACCGUCUGAAGCUAAGCAAAAGAAAAUAGAUUUUGUACCAAUACCACCACCCCCACAAACAGAACCACAAUUUCCAUUAUGGUACCCACCAUUUUAUCCACCUACUUAUCCACCGGUCUAUUUUAAGACUCCAGAAGCGGAACCACUAAACUUACAAAUACGUUCGGAUCCGCUGAAGCAGGAUAGACAUUAUUCGGCGUUUCGUGUACCCGAACCGUCAAAAGUUGAAGAACACGAAAAUAUAAACAAUAAACAAGGAACGAGUUAUUUGAUGGGAAACUUGACGAAAAUAUACAGGCAAGUGGCGCCGGAGGAAGAAAAAAUUAUUGAUGUGGAAGGUGAUGGUCCUGAAACAGCGCAACCCGAAGAUGGUGAAAAAAAGAACUGUAAGGAUUUAACUGCUCUAAUUGGAUUAGAAUUAGUUGUAGAUUACGUAAAACACGGAAAUAAUAAAGACGGGCAAAAUGAUCAAAAUGUGAAAUGUUGCCAAAACGCAUAGUUCAAAUAAUGGUAUAUUAUCACUACUUUUUAAUCAAAUGAAAAUUGUUAUUAUGUACCCUUCAGUCAGUAUUAUAUAGGUAUAUGGUUUUAGCUCUAUUGUGUACCUACGUGGCACAUUAAUGAUGUUAAAAAUGUAAUUUAGUUAUUUUUUAUUAGUAUCAAAACUAUAUUAUAGAAUAAUAAUUAAUAAUUAAUAGUUUAAUUAGACAUAAAUUUAUGAUAGGUAGAUACCUGAGUACCUAUAUUUUAUGUUUAUUGAAAAAAAAAACAAAUUUUGAUAUUCUGGUCCUUAUUUAUUGUAACAAAAAUAUUAUACAAUUAUUAAAGGACAUCAUAGUUUGAGACGUUUCAGGUGUAUAGGCAUUAAAUAUUUAUGUUGAAUACAUUUCAGAGCAUAAUAAUUUGUCCAUAAAUCACAAAACAUAGAUACAAGUAUUCUAUAAAUUAUUGUAAUCAUAAAACCGAUGUAAUUGCAUAAUUUUCUAUUUAAUAGUGUUUAUUUAUACUCAUUUUCAAGAUUUUAGCAAUUCGUACCUUUUAUUAUAAUCAAUUUUAACACGAAUUCUACUAUUAUCAUUAAAAUAAUAAUAAUAGGUAGAUCAUGCCGCUCCUGGUACACGGCAGCUAUUUAUAAUGUAGGAAAAUAAAGAGAAAAUUACCUAAUAUUAUAAACACCAUACAGUGUUUCCCGCAUACAAUAUUUUCGUUACAAAGGAAUAAUCUUAAUAAAAUUAAAAUUUUGCGUAAGUAUACUUAUAACUAUCGAGUUCAGCUCAUAACCUAUUACCUUACAUUGGAAAUCUUAACGAAUGGUGUUAAAUAAUAUAAGAUUCGUUGUUCGUUACAUAGUAUGAUUUUAUUGUAAGAAAUUGUGAUACACAAUCAAUAAUUUAUUAAUAUAUUAUUAUAGUAUGAUAAAAUAGUAAAUAUUGUAAAAGUUCACACAUAAUAUUUGUUUAUUGUUCGAACGCGUUCAAAUAGAUUUAGUUAACAAACCUUCGAAGAAAUGAACUAUUCGGGUUGAAAAUAAAUAAAGUGGCAUUAUAUAGGCCAUAAUAAUUAGGUAAUAAUUUAUUGUGAGCCUGAUUUUUUUUUCUAUCCGUCAUUUUAAGUAAUACCUACAUACUUAUUUUUAACAAUUAUGAAAGCUGUUAAACGUUAAAUAAUUAAACUUGAAUCUCAUAUUGUAAUUCUCUAGUCAUUUCGUUACCUAUUAUAAUAUACAUUAUAUUAUUAUUAUUAUUAUUAUUUGGACAUUUUUCAAAAACCUACUUUUAGUCUACCUAUGUGUUAAACUAUUUUUAUUUUUUACUACUAAAUUAAUUGAUGUAUAAUGAUAAAUGAAUAAUUAUUGUUG